AUGACAGCUGAAAAAGAGAAAUUGAAGACUUGAAAAGUAAAAAUAGAAGUUUAUCACUAGAAUUAGAAAGUACCAAUACAGCUCUUGAUAGACAGAGGUCAAAGUGUAGGACUAUGGAGGAAGAAACCGCAGAGGCAGAGAAAAAAAUUGAUGAGAAGAAAAAAGAAUUUGAAAAUAAAGAAAAUGGUUUUUAUCAAAAGUUGGAGAGUAUGAGACUGCAGCUGGAAACUUCUAAAGAUGAAGUAGCAGCAACUCAGAAAGAGAUUGUCAGGAUACAGAAACAACAUAGAAAGGAACUCUCUGAAGCGAGGUCAGAGGCUGAUAAUAUCCGAGAUGAGCUGGCCAAGGAAAUCCAAUCCGGAAGGAGGUCUGUGGACAAUACAGCCACUCUUUUAGAGAUGGAGAAUGCCUUGGAUGAAGUGACACGUGACAGAGAUACAUUAGCAAGGGAACUACAAGCAAUUAUCAGCAAAGAGAAUAAACAUGAAGAAUGGGCAAAUAAGUGUAGACAACUAGAGGAUGAUAAGAAAGAGAUAAGUUCACAGUUAGAAGAGACAUCUAAAAAACAGGGUGAACUAGAACAUGAAAUCAUGUUACAGAAGAGUCUGAAUUCUGAUUUGCAGACAAGACUUGAGUUAAGUAUGAAAAAAGCAGAGACUGCCGAGGCAGAGUCUGACGCAUUAAGGGAUGAAGUGUCAAAUCUCUCAUCACAAAUUAUCACACAGUAUGAGACAUCAAAAGAUGGACAAGGCAAAUUAGAUAAAUUAGUGACACAGCUACACCAAGAACUGCAGGUGGAAAAAGAGGCUAACACCAAGCGUCAAGAGUCACUAUCGCAGCAACUUGAGAGAGAACGCAAGCUGGUGAAAGAGCUGCAGAGACAAAUCGCUGUUAGAAAUGAAGAAGCUGCAAAUGAAAAGCUAGAGAAUGGAUUGAAUUCAGCAGCACGUGAAGAUGAAUUGAAGAAGUUCAAUGAAUUAGAAGCACGGAAUAAACAUUUGGAGGAAGAGUUGACUAAGGUGUGGAACCAAUUGAAAGAUGUUCUUGAUAAACUUACUGCGUCAGAACAAAGAAAGCAUGAACUAGAACUGGAAAUAGAAAGGAUAUCCAGAAGACAUAUUGAUGGUGAACUCUCUGAUAGUGUGUACCAGCAAAAAAUAGAACUUUUAGAAAGAAAGAUUGUAAAUCUAAAACGAGAUUUAGAUGACGCCACAAUGAGACAACAAGCAGCUGAGUUGCAUCUACGUGAAUCUGCUACGUUGAAAAUGGAUUUACAGCAAGAAAGAGAUGAAGUUAUUAAAAUUCGAAAUCAACUACAACAAGAAAAAUUAGAAAGAGCUAUGCAAGAACAGACUGCAAUUGAUAUGAAACUUCAGCUGAAUUCAGUAAAAGACAAAGAAAGUAAAUUACAUGAAGACAAUAUGAACUUACAUCAUAAAUUAUUAGACACCGAAUCAAAACUAUAUAUAACAGAAGACAGAAGUAGAUCAGCUUCUGACAUGGUGCAACUCGCUGAGAUGGGUAAGAAAGCGUUGAUGGAACAAGUCAUCAAAUUACAAAAGGAAGUAGAAGUACUACAAAUAGAUCAGCUCAAAUAUGGAGAGAAGCUAGACUUUCAACUCCGAAAAUAUGAAGAAAAAAAAGUAUACUGCAAAAAUAAACUACAACAUGCAAGGGAUGUUUUUGGAAGGCAAAAGAAGAUGCUGGCCGAUCAUCUAAAAAACAUGGAAGAUGACCUCUCAUUGACCAAGACACAGUUACGUAAAGAACUAGAAUGGAAAAAUGAAAUGGAGAAUACUUUACAGAAAGUAUUGAAGGAAAAACGUGAACUUCUCACAAAAUUAAUUGAAAUAGAAGAAACACAUCGAGAUACAACAAAUACGCUGACAACUGUAGAUUAUCGUGCCAGAUAUUUGGACCAAGAGAAUGCAACUUUACAGACGAAGCUGGAAUCCAUGAUUAGACAGAAAAAUAUCAUGGAGAAAUUACUCAAGGAAUACAAACUAGAGAGGCAGAAAGAAGAUAUAACAAGAGCAAUAACAAAUAAUGGGUUACUGAUGUCAUCACGUCCUGAAACACCAGGUAGCAUAUCAGGUUUUAGGCCGCCAACUGCUAGUAGUGGUAUUGGUACAUCAUUGGCACACAGUUUCAACUCUGGUGACAUUCUUAAUAAUCCUGAUGUUGGAUUGAAAUCACCACCAAUGGUAGAUUCGUCAUAUCUUAACGGACUUCCUGUUACAAGGCCCUUCACUUCGUCCGGUAUGAGAAACUACAAUAGCUCGUUAGGGGGCAGUAUGGACACUCUAGACCAACUUUAUUAGAAAUGGUAUGCUCAGUUGUGCUCAAGGGGCAUGUGCUGCAAUGUUUUUAAAUAGACUUGGAUACUACAGUAUCAUGAUGACUUGCAAAUCAAACAGUUGAUUGUGUGCAUGAAUCAGUGUUGGUGCUUAUGACUUCCAUAAAAAUCUUUUUAACGUCAUUGUACUUAAAUUAGAGAGAUUCAGUCUUCUCCACAAAGGUUAUUUUAACAGAAUAACCCACCAAUCAACUUAUAGAACCACCAACAAAACUACCAAUCUAUAAUGUACGGUAGUAACAUAAAACUUAAUAUAAAUGGUUAUAUUCUAAUUGCAUAA